CAACACAGACUUGUUUGAUAAGAAGAGACUGAUUUAGCUGGCAGAAGAAAGUGAAAGUAUCUCUAAAUAAGGGACGGAGGCGACAUUACUGCCUUUUCAGACGGUUUAGAAAUGAUUUAUUGUUAUUUCCUCGCCGUUUGGAUCCUUACCUCGUCGGCAGUUGCUGGAAAACAGAAAACACAAUAUGGACUCGUGGGUGAGACAGUCAACUUCAGGACGGAUAUCAGAGACCGCCUUGAUGACAUUCUGUGGAAACACAAUGGGAAUAAAGUGGUACAAUUUGAUGGCAAAGAGCAAAUUGAAUACAGUCAAUUUCAAAAGAGGGUCACCCUCGACUGGGGCUCUGCAGACCUGGAAAUCAACCAACUGACACACAGUGACAGUGGACAAUAUGAAUUGGAUGUGGGAAAGGAAAGUGGUGUUAUUCGUCUUAACUUUGAAUUGAAGGUCCUAGACAGAGUAACCAAGCCCACCAUAACCUGUGACAUGAGCGAUGGCAGCAGCUCUGACAAAUCAGGAAGUGAAGCCACACUGAUGUGCUCUGCACACUCAUCACAAUCCUUAAACUACACGUGGAGCCAACCUGGAAAAAUUCAGCCUGGCCAGAUAUUAUCGAUACCUCUAGGGACAGAACAUGAUGAUAAAGUAUACAGCUGUACUGCGAGCAACCAAUUGUCCAAAGAAAUAGCUACAUUCACUGCAAAGGAUUGCUACCCUGUUGGAGCCUCAACAGGACUCAUUACUGGACUGAUUAUUGGCGUGAUAGCACUACUCUUGUGUGUUUUGGGUGCAGUGUUCUGUGCAGUAAAGCAUAAAGCAUGUUUUGCAAAAAAGGAGAAAACCGCUGCGGAACAGCCACAUAGUGAUCAUGAAUCUGAUCAACCAUCAGACCCUCUUCUUCAUAGAAGAGAAACAAGGCCCUGUUCCCAACGGCUUCACCAUUCGGAAGAAACUGUGAAGAAUAGCAAUUCUGAUCACAAAGAUGAAAAACACAAGAAGUUGGACCCACAAACUGGAAAAGUGAAGAAGAUUGUUCAAAACAUUGAACAAGGACUGAUAGAUCCAGUCUCUAUAGAAAAUGAAGUGGAAGAUAAUAGGAAAAAAGAAGACAGUAAAUCAGAUGACAUGACAAACACCAUUUCUAAACAGACAGAGUCAGAGAAAAGGGCAGAUGAGCAAACAUCGGUUUCACUUGAAAAUGGUAUUUGUCCAUCUGCAGUCCAGCCAAAUUCUCCUUUGAACAACGAGGCACCUGUUGCUGCGGAAGAUGUCAACUCACAACAGGCCCUUGGAAUAAAGAAAGAAAAUCAAUCAAUUGGCUCAGGUGAAAAAAAGAGUGUUGUCCACCAUUUCUGA